AUGCCCACGGAGGAUGGAAGAGAGGUCUGUCAAUCCACAGACAAACUUCAAGAUCUGAUCACUCCUCCCGAGUGUCAACCACUCGGAUCUGCACUUCUACAAAGUCAAGUACCACCGAGGGUUCCUCGGAGAUUCAUGAUCCAGCCAAUCGAAACCCUAUCGCGAAGCUCAAACGUCCAACGGCCAGCUUUGAGCGGAGCAAAAAAACCCGCUCUAUCAAAGCCCGAAAUACAUUCGAAAGAACCCAGUGAACAUCGAACAAUCAGAAGAUUUCUACCUGAGCCAAUUGAAACAAGCAAAGCUAGUAAUAGACGGUCUCAUUCGACUUCCGAGGUCCACGAGAGAAAUUCCGCGUCACAUAGCAAGGCAUCAACGGCCCCGAGAAGAUUCAAACCCGACUUGAUAGAAACCGCUACCCAUUCGGUUCGAAAACGGAAACCUGUACGGUUUCCCCAACGGCAAAAUGCCGUAGGAUCUUCAGCACCCAAUACAAUCAUUUGUCAAGACACGGCAUCAUGGCUAAAUCCAAACCCCCAUGCCAAUACUUAUCUGCCAUCCGAGUCUCAAUUUUCCUAUUCCAAUAUCCUGCGCCGACAACAAGCCAGCAGACACUCGUUUCGAGUUCCAGGUCUUCCGUCGAUCCCCUCUGACAGCAGCGAAGAAUCCGAUAACUCCAGAUCGCAUUCAGCGUGCACUUCGCCGCCUGGGCCUUCCAAUAAAGCGACACAAGAUUUACACACGAGUAACCUACCUCGUGAAAUCUGCGACAGGGAGAUCUCAGAAUUCUUACUCUCUGUUGCCGCUCGCUCCGCGCAUAUCCAGAUGAAGGAGCAAGCAUUGGCUGCCUUUCCCAACGAACAAGUGUACGAGCCUGUUGACCAUUUUGCCAUCGACGAAGAUGAUGGAGAUUCAGACGAUUAUCAUGUGUCGAUGAAGUAUCAUCAUGUCAAGUCUCGACGACAAUCUUCGGCAGAUUUGUCCUGGGAACUUGAGUACAUGCGCCACCACAAGGAGGAGGCUGAAAUGAGGAUACGGGCUAUGGGUGCAUCUGGACAACCUAAGCCUUCAUCAGAGCACAAUAAGAUUAGCAAGAGUCCACCCAUGCUUGGUAAUGACAUCGUCCUUCCACGAAGUGCCUCACCCGAGGGAACAAUAUGUGAGUACUCUGGUACCGAUGUGGCCUCUCGUGGCGUGCAUGAUCUUUGUACUGGCUGUGGGGGCAUGUGGUAUGCAGCACCUCCUCGGGGCAGCGGAAAGGGCGCUGGCCUUUGGAUGGGCACUUGUUGCAAGGACGAGGGUCAAGAGCGAGAAGUGCGUGGUCUCUUACCUGGAAUUGUUACCCCCAUGCCUCGUGUUGAUGAGGCUGGCAUUAGCACAGGACUCAGCCCAUCUCCUUCACAUACACAUCUGGAUCGUCUCGCAGCCUCGCCUGGAAACCAUAGUUCCCGCAAGCCGGCGAGCCCGAAUCUCCAGAAAGCCAUCGACUCCGAAUUCCAUGAUGGAUUUGUGACUCAAAUUUAUAAUUACUUGUCUCUGGGUUACCCGUGCCUUGCCCGUUAUUAUGAUUACGAACUCAGCCGAAUUUCGGGCAUCUCCAUUGAGGAUCUUCGUCGGGACGACUUGCAAACUGAUGCUAGAGGCUAUGUUGUAGCCCCCGGGACAGACAAUCUCGCGGAUGCCUGUGCACGAUGGAAAGCUCUCCGUCUAUAUAUUCAGGAAUGGGCGAGGCAAGAGCCUGGCAUGGUUGAAGAAGAAACCAACCUUGAAGGCUGGGGACUGCCAGAACGAAGAGGUAGCUGGGCCAUUUGA